UAAGCAGUGCUCAUUCCUGCUAGAGCUGAGCAGAGUCAGCGUGCUGCCUGCACUCGUGAUGAUGAGGGACCUGGCUCUUGCAGGCAUGCUGAUCAGCCUGGCUUUCCUGUCCCUGCUGCCAUCUGGCUGUCCCCAGCAGACCACAGAGGACGCCUGCUCUGUGCAGAUUCUCGUCCCCGGCCUCAAAGGGGAUGCAGGAGAAAAGGGAAACAAAGGAGCCCCAGGACGGCCAGGAAGAGUCGGCCCCACAGGAGAAAAAGGAGACAUGGGGGACAAGGGACAGAAAGGCACUGUGGGCCGCCAUGGAAAAAUUGGUCCCAUUGGCGCAAAAGGUGAAAAAGGAGAUUCUGGUGACAUCGGACCCCCUGGUCCCAGUGGAGAACCUGGUAUUCCAUGUGAGUGCAGCCAGCUGAGGAAGGCUAUUGGGGAGAUGGAUAACCAGGUCACUCAACUGACAACUGAGAUAAAAUUCAUAAAAAAUGCUGUUGCUGGUGUGCGCGAGACCGAGAGCAAGAUCUACCUGCUGGUGAAGGAGGAGAAGCGGUACGCAGAUGCCCAGCUGUCCUGCCAAGGCCGAGGAGGCACACUGAGCAUGCCCAAAGACGAGGCAGCCAAUGGCCUGAUGGCUUCAUACCUGGCACAGGCUGGCCUGGCUCGGGUCUUCAUUGGCAUCAAUGACCUGGAGAGAGAAGGCGCUUUCGUGUACUCGGACCGCUCCCCUAUGCAAACCUUCAACAAAUGGCGCAGCGGAGAGCCCAACAACGCUUAUGAUGAGGAGGACUGUGUGGAGAUGGUGGCCUCAGGUGGCUGGAACGAUGUGGCCUGCCACAUUACCAUGUACUUCAUGUGUGAGUUUGACAAAGAGAACUUGUGAGGGCCGACAGGGGAGACGGCCAUCUGAACCCCACCUUCUAUAGACACCAGCAGCCACAAGCUACCCCUAAACACCACUAGCCAUGUCUGUGGAUUCCUUUCCGCUCGGUAGUGCGGAGCCUCGUUGGCAGCUGGGAGGGCUGUUUGGACCACAGGAGGGGAGAAAUCUUGUUUCCGAGUGCUGUUGUGAAUAGGUGCCAUUUUAUCCCCCUUGUCAGACGUUCAUUAUGGCUAACCACUCAGAAGGAUGCUGUGAAGCUCUUGCCUUGGUCCAGUCACAAAACAUGGUAAAUGUCGCAGCAGCUAGCAAACAGUGGCUAUAGGGGCAGAGUUGCCGCCCACCCUAUAAACUACACAGAAAGCACCCAGGUGGUGGCGACCAAUGUUUCUAUAGGUUACUCUACCACAUAGAUUCCUUUCACUGUAUGUUAUGUAGGUAAGAUGACUGUGGCUGUGCUUCAAACCCCGUAUGUCAGGAAAACAAAUAAAUCCUCUGACUUCUGCUAAGGAA